GAAGCGAGUGUGUAUGUGCGUGUGUGUGCUGUGUGUUGCGGUAAACCUGAUGCAGACAGUUCAUUUAAUCUGCAGCUUCUGAACCAUCGGCAACAAAACAACACAACACAAAAAAACACAGAAAGGAAUUUACGUUCGCAUCAGGAACAAACAGAAUCGGGAGGAAUCAGCACCAAAUAUAUCGGGGAUGUGAUGGGAGGUCCACGAGCCAGAACACAGAACCUGACGCCUUCGCGCUUCGUGUUUAUAUGAAGAGACGUUGCGUGUCUGUGUGAUGGAGACCGGACCGGGCGGAACCAUGGGCGGUAGAGCCGGAACCUGAAGGAUGAUGGAGAAAUCAACCAGCCAGUAUGACUCCUUCCUUUUCUGGAGGCAGCCGAUCCUGGCCUUCGACCCAUCUGAGCUGGAGGACCUGGGUUUGACUGACGCACAGUGGGAAAAAGACAAGACAUCCAGGGCGAGGACUGAGGACAAAGAGGAGCUCUCUGAGUUUUCCUCCUUUAAUUACUGGAGAGCUCCCAUUGCUGAUGUGGAUGCUCUGCUGGCCGACCUCAACCUGCUGCUCUGAACCCACCGUCACCCUCAACGAACCGCGUGUCUUGUUUAUUAUAGUUGUCAUGACGCCUGAUCAGCUGAUUCAUAGGCAGGAAUCUGAUGAGUGUUGUUUAAUGUGAAGCUGAUAAGGACACACAUCCUGCUUAUUUUUAAGCUUUGCUGGACUUUCUGUUUGAUUCACUGUUUCAGGAAGUCGUUACAUGAGUCUGGUUUUACCACAGUAAAAGCAGAAACUGAUCCUGGUUUAGAUUAAAGGAUCUGACAUGGUCAAGUCAUUGUUUAAUUUUAGAUGAAUGAUCAAACUCAGACAGGUUAUUAUUUAUUAAUUACAUGUUUGUUCCCUUCUGUGCCUUUUGUUGUUCAGUCACUUUGUCUGAGCCUGUUCAAUUUGUGUUUAUUGAUCAACUGGGACCAAAUAAAACAUUUGCGUCUCA